UGAAUGUCACCUUCAAUGACAGGGCAUGUCUCUUUCAUUGUCCUUGUACUCCUUGGAGGAUCCGAUGGCAAUCCAGUUGCUCCUCACCAGAGUCAGCUGGAUGUAAACCACAAGAAGCCACUACAGACAUUCAGACCUUACAACAUUGCCCACAGGGGUUCCAAUGGCGAAAUACCCGAAGAGACCGCGGCAGCUUAUUCGAGGGCAAUUGAGGAAGGUGCAGACUUCAUUGAGACUGAUAUACUUGCGUCAAAGGACGGGCAUCUCAUAUGCUUUCAUGAUGUAACCCUCGAUGCAACGACUGACAUCGCUGACCGUGCGGAGUUUGCUGGCAGGAGGAGAACCUAUGAAGUCGAGAGAGAAAAUGUAACUGGAUGGUUUGUUGUGGAUUUUACUCUAAGUGAACUGAAAUCUCUGAGGGUGAAGCAACGCUACAUAUUCAGGGAUCAACAGUACAAUUGGAAGUACAAGAUCAUUACAUUUGAUGAGUUCAUCAUGAUUGCACUGUAUGCUGACAGGGUUGUUGGGAUAUACCCAGAGAUGAAGAAUCCUAUUUUCAUUAACGAGCAUGUGAAGUGGUCAGGUGGCAAAAAGUUUGAGGAUAAGUUUGUGGAGACACUUAUGAAGUAUGGCUACAAAGGCGAAUACAUGUCUGAAGAUUGGCUCAAGCAGCCACUAUUCAUCCAAUGUUAUGCUCCAACUUCACUCAUUUACAUCUCAAACAUGACAAAGUCCCCAAAACUGCUUCUCAUCGAUGACACCACGGUUCGGACUCAAGAUACCAACCAGUCCUACUAUGAUAUUACUUCGGAUGAUUAUCUCAAAUUCAUAAGGAAGUAUGUAACUGGGAUUGGGCCAUGGAAGGAUACAGUUGUUCCCCCAGAAAAUAACUAUUUAGGGCCACCGACUGAUCUUGUGGCACGAGCGCAUGCUCUGAAUCUUCAGGUCCAUCCAUACACAUUCAGAAACGAGAACUCAUUCUUGCACUUCAACUUCCACCAAGACCCUUAUGCUGAAUAUGAGUACUGGCUCAGCAAGAUCGGUGUUGACGGUCUGUUCACCGAUUUCACCGGCAGCUUACACAAGUACCAGGAUUGGACAGCUCCACACCAAAUGAAGGCAAAGAAUGCAGAGGCACUCCUGUAUCAGAUCUCCUACAUGCUGAAGGACGAUGGAUACUAAGCUUUGGUUGGCAAGUCUGUAUACAAACCCCGUUAUGAGAUUGGUUU